AAUUACUCUAAUAGACAGCAGACAUGCUCUCAGGUUGCCCAAGUUUAGACUGAACAAAAGGAGAAGUCAUGGUGUCUUAACGGUCACUGAAAUUGCUGCAGGAUUUCUGCAACUGCAUGUCAAAAAAUAUUUGACUAUUGCAGAAUGUAAUGGUGUUUGGAUGUUUAGUUUUUUACUUGAGGAUCCUUUUUAUUGCGUAAUUUUAGAAAAUAUUAAAGCAUCCUCUAAUAAAUGUGAUAAAAUGGCAGUAGAGCUCAAAUGUAGAGCUAAGCAUAAGGAAGUUUUUACCAUUAUAAAAAUGCAUCAUAAGUGGAAAAAGAGGAUGUUGUAAUCAGAUUUGAAAAAAAAAGAGUAAAAAUCUGUUCAGUGGAAAAUGAUAUUCUGAUUUUAGUCAGUAGUGUGGGAGGAAAAGUAAAAACAGUGGUUCCUCUUUUUUCACGGUUAUGUUUAAUUUUUAAGUUUAAAGUGAUAAAUCACAACAACAGUCACCUCGGUGCACUUUAAACUGCAAGGUAAAGACAUUUACCAGUACAGUAUAUCACAGAAUUAGGGAGACAACCACAACAAUCAGACAAUUCCCAAUGAGCAAUCACUAGUGUGUUAGGCAGUGUUAGGAAGGAAAACCCAGCAGGACAAAAUCUCUGACAGCCUCAGAGAGGAGCAGUAAUCUGCCAUAACCAGUGGUGAGGUGAGCAUAGAAAGACACACCCAAACCUUACAGCUCGAGCUUAAUUCACUGUCUUAAACUUAAAUCAGGAUGAUCUGCAUGCAAAGCUGGCUUGCCAACCAGCAAAGCACAAAACUGCAGCAGGCCCACUUAAGUCGCACUGUUAAUCUAAUUUAAUUCUGUUUACAAUGGUGGAAAUGUAUCCGAAAGGAGUACCUUUAAACAAGAAUAUGAAGUGUGACAGAUAUGUGACAAGACUUGAUGAAGUGGAACUAUUUGUCAAAAUUUAGUUUCAACAUUUCCAUAUAUCCAGGGGCAGGGUACACCCUAGACAGGUUGGCAGUCUAUUGCAGGUCACUCAGUUCUGAAACUCUUUCUGUACUCCAUCCAUCUAACCAUUUUCUUCCACUUAUCCAAUUGAGGGUCGUGGGGAGUUUGAGCAUCUGCUACUGGGCAAGAGGUGGGGUACACUCUUGACAGUCAUCAAUCUAUCACAAGUAGUGAUAGACUGAUGACCAUCCUACCUCCUGUGGCAGCUUGGAUAGGCAAAUAGAGCACUUUUCCAUCAUGAACAUACUGUAAAAAGACCAAAACAGAGCUAAAUAGAAAAUAUGAAUUAAUGUCAGUGCUCCAGUAUAAGCAGCAUAAUCUGCUGACCCCAUGUGGUGAAUAAAUCAUCUACAGCAGCUUUAAAAAGAGACUUAACAGAGAUAGCAUGUAUGCUUUUAGUCCAACUUAAUCGAAAUGAAUACAUUUAUUACUACAUAUCUAUCGUAAGUAUAGUUCUUUCUUUUGUUUCACCUCAGAUGCAUAUAUCUAUAGUCCAAGCCUGCUCUGCUCUACAUAGGAGUGUGCAGUAGAUUCAUUUAUUACUUGUUUUAAACUUCAGGUUGCUACAACAGUCAGGGAGAUCAAAUCUUAAUAUUUACUGAUCUCAAAGAGAAAAACAAAAGAAAAAAAAGGCAUUAAUUGUAACUCAAUACUUACACCAAACAGAAGACCACUGCACCCAAGGAAUUAAAAAUUAAGAUGUGGCGUUCUCCCUCUGACCUAAACAAACAUCAUUGCCUAACUAAACCUAGCAGAAAUAAAAUUGUGAAAAUAAAACUACCGGACACAUUUGAAACAAGAAAGAAAGAACGAAAGAAGAAAAAAUCCUAUUAACGCAAACGACCAAGAGAUGUCCUCCAGCUCAUUAAGUCAACCAGAGAAACUUGAAAGAAAAGAGAUCUAAUUAUAAGUCAAACAUCAUAGAGGAGGCCAGCGGGGAGAGGACAGGAGACAGAACACCAGGACCCCUACUUCCCUCCUUAAGUAAGUAGGUCUGUUGAUAUUUAGAUUAUCAAAAUGAUUAAUCUCUGUCUAAACUUAUAAAACACAGUAACUCUAACAUUACACUUAAUGUUACGGCAAUUAGGAUCCUUAAAGAAACAUUCAUACCCAAUAGCCAGUUGUUAUCUAAUGAUGCUAAUUUGGGAACACGUGUAUGUUGCAUCUGUCCUCUCCGUCAUGUGAUGAAUGGCCUCUGGCAGCCUCUGCGGUUAAACAUCAAGACGUAGCACUAGUCCGUAAUGGAGACUAUCCAGGAGGCCGUGCACUUAUAAUCCUCUGCAUGAUCACUGUGCAAGCUGCAAAAAGUCCUCUCUAAUUGUCCAAUACUUAAAUCUUGGGCAAUCGUGGGCAUAUAUUUGGAAAUCAGACAAACUUCUUCUCUGGAGAGGGAAGUUAGAAGGAGCCAGAAAAAUAAAUAAAGCUGAAAAAACAGUCACAUCACACGAUAUUCUAUGCUGUUUGAAAUCAUAACUGAGGAUAACAUGGCUUCUUUACGCGGUUGGCAGAGGAGGUGACCAAAAGGACACGCUGUCAUAUAUUUAGACUAACGGGAACACGCUGGUCCUGUCAGUGUAGGAAACGUUAUCAGAGUUUAUUCGCCAGUGGAAAACUUCAUACCGGAGUACAGCUGAGCCAAAAGGGAAUAUUCUGACUUCUGAUUGUAUUUUUCUCUCCACAUUUCCUCCUCCUCUCUCUCUCCCUCUCUCUCUCUCUCUCGGGGAUCCAGUCAGAUCCAGUCUGGAUGAAGCGGACGUCUUGGUGCGAGAUAAUCGUCAGAUGAUGUGAGUUAAUGAGGCGGAGAUGCAAGGAGACAGACUCAGACGCGCUCCUCUCAUGCCAGGACAGGUGUGCCACCAGUGAGAGCGAGAGGAGGAGAAAACGAAAGGCGCAGAGAGAAUAAAGUUAGGGUGGUUGGGUAGACAUCAAGCGGAGAAGAAGUCACUUUCCAGGUUCUCGAUAUGGAAACCGGGCAGAGCGCACCGGCGUCGGACAUGGGGGGAGACCACACAGCUGGGGUGUGUGUGGUGGAGCGGGACCGGGACCGAGAGAGGGGCGACGUGUCCAGCCCCAGUCCACCGACUAAGCAGCGCUCUCUACGGGUCGUCUACGUCCUGAACGAUGGGCUUAAGUCGGUGAUGGCGAGCAGCCCGGAGUCCGGAGCGCUGCAAUCUUUGCAGAGAGCCUGUGACUCGGAGAGCGCCCUGCUCACCACCGUCACCUUCGGAAGAUUGGACUUUGGAGAAACAUCAGUGCUGGACAGUUUCUACGAUGCAGACAUUGCAGUCGUGGAUAUGAGCGAUGUGUGUCGGCAGCCCUCCUUGUUUUACCACCUGGGCGUGAGGGAGAGCUUUGACAUGGCCAACAAUGUCAUCCUGUACCACGACACCGACCCCGACACUGCCCAGUCACUGAAGGACAUGGUGGCACAGAAAAACACAGCAUCCAGUGGUAACUACUACUUCAUCCCCUACAUAGUCACUCCUAACCACGAGUAUAUGUGCUGUGAAAGUGAUGCCCAACGGAGGGCAAGCGAGUACAUGCAGCCCAACUGGGAUAACCUGCUGGGCCCACUGUGUGUUCCCCUGACCGACCGCUUCACCAGCCUGCUGAAGGACAUCCAUGUAACAUCCUGUGCUUCCUUUAAGGACACCCUGCUCAACGAUAUCAGGAAGGCUAGGGAGAAGUACCAGGGAGAGGAGCUGGCUAAGGAGCUUUCACGCAUUAAACUCCGAAUUGAUAACACAGAGGUCCUAACACAGGACAUUGUCAUGAACCUGCUGUUUUCCUACAGAGAUAUACAGGAUUAUGAUGCCAUGGUGAAACUGGUGCAGACUCUGGAGAUGCUGCCAACAUGUGAUCUGGCUACCCAGCCCAUGAUCCAGUUUCAUUACUCCUUUGCCCUCAACAGGAGGAAUGCUCCUGGAGACAGGGAGCAGGCUCUCAGAGUGAUGCUGCAGGUGCUGCAGUCCUGCGAACAUCCUGCACCAGACAUGUUCUGUCUCUGUGGACGAAUCUACAAGGACAUUUUUCUCGACUCUGACUGCAAAGACACUAAAAACAGGGACAACGCUAUUCAGUGGUACAGAAAGGGCUUUGAGCUGCAGCCCACUCUGUACUCGGGUAUUAACCUAGCUGUCCUCCUCAUAGUUGCUGGCCAGCAAUUCGAGAGCUCCAUGGAACUCAGAAAAAUAGGGGUGAGGUUAAACAGCCUGCUGGGGCGCAAGGGUUCCUUGGAAAAGAUGAAUAACUACUGGGACGUCGGCCAAUUCUUCACCGUUAGCAUGCUAGCGAGUGACAUUCCUAAAGCUACUCAGGCUGCAGAGAAGCUCUUCAAGCUGAAGCCACCUGUUUGGUAUUUGCGUUCAGUAGUGCAGAACUUACAGCUGAUCCAGAGGUUUAAAAAGCAAAAUUUGGAACAUUCACCUCAAAGAGAGAAACUCAACUUCUGGAUGGACAUCAUUGUCGAGGCCACGCAAUGCACCACCAACAGACUGCGGUUUCCAGUGCUGAUUCUGGAGCCGACCAAAGUUUACCAGCCGUCCUAUGUAUCCAUCAACAAUGAGGCUGAAGAGAAGAACGUCUCCAUCUGGCAUGUUUCUCCUGCUGAAACGAAAGGUAUUCAUGAGUGGAACUUCACUGCAAUGUCCAUCAAAGGCAUUAGUAUCAGUAAGUUCGAUGAGCGUUGCUGCUUCCUCUACGUCCAUGAUAACUCGGAUGACUUCCAGAUCUAUUUCUCUACUGAGGAGCAGUGCGGUCGGUUCUGCUCCAUGGUGAAAGAGAUGAUAUCUGAUGGCACUGGGAAUGCUGUGGAGCUGGAGGGGGAGGGCGAUGGAGAUACGCUAGAGUAUGAAUAUGACACCGAUGAGACAGGGGAAAGGGUGGUGUUGGGUCGUGGCACCUAUGGAGUGGUGUAUGCUGGGAGAGAUCUCAGCAACCAAGUCCGAAUUGCCAUCAAAGAGAUCCCUGAAAGAGACAGCAGGUACUCUCAGCCCCUUCAUGAAGAGAUCGCUCUUCACAAGUACCUGAAGCACAGGAACAUUGUUCAGUAUUUGGGCUCCAUUUCUGAGAAUGGAUACAUUAAGAUCUUCAUGGAACAAGUGCCUGGAGGAAGUCUGUCUGCGUUGUUGCGGUCAAAAUGGGGUCCUCUGAAGGAGGCAACAAUUAUCUUCUACACCAGACAGAUUCUGGAAGGGCUUCGAUACCUGCAUGAAAACCAGAUCGUCCACCGAGACAUCAAGGGUGAUAAUGUGCUAGUUAACACCUACAGUGGUGUCUUGAAGAUCUCUGACUUUGGUACCUCAAAACGGUUGGCAGGAGUCAAUCCCUGUACAGAAACAUUCACAGGUACCCUGCAGUACAUGGCUCCAGAAAUAAUUGACAAGGGCCCUCGAGGCUAUGGGGCACCAGCUGACAUUUGGUCCCUGGGAUGUACCAUUAUAGAAAUGGCCACUGGGAAACCUCCAUUUCAUGAGCUGGGGGAACCACAGGCAGCCAUGUUUAAGGUUGGCAUGUUUAAAAUUCACCCAGAGAUUCCUGAGUCUUUGUCACAGGAGGCCAAGUCAUUUAUUCUACGUUGCUUUGAGCCCGACCCUCACAAGAGGGCCAUCGCCUUGGACCUGCUCAGAGACACUUUUGUCAAGCACAACACCAAGGGAAAGAAGAGUAAGAUCGCCUUCAAAUCACCAGACUAUAUCCCUAACAUCUCCCUGCCAGUGCAGGUGCAAGGCGAGGCCGCUGGCAGUAGCAGCAGUGAGCACGGCUCUGUGAGUCCCGACUGCGACGCGAAACACGACGUGUUCUUUGACAAGAGGAAAAGCUCUGGCUCCAAGAAUCUGCUCAAACCUCCCAGUUCUAACUACCUGAGUGUGCCUGAUGAGGGUUCAGUAUCAGAGGACCGCUCUGUUCCCCCAUCUCCUGAGGACAGGGACAGCGGUUUGUUCAUGCUAAAGAAGGACAGCGAGAGACGGGCCAUUCUGUACAAGGUCCUCAAUGAAGACCAGGAAAAGGUCAUCUCCAACCUCAGGGAAAAUCACAUGCAGGGUAGUGAGGAUCUCCAGCUGUCCAUCGAUCACAUCAAGCAGAUCAUCUGCAUCCUUCGAGACUUCAUCCAUUCCCCGGAGCGGCGCGUCAUGGCAGCCACCAUCUCCAAGCUAAAGCUGGACCUCGACUUUGACUCCACCUCUAUCAACCAGAUUCAGCUGGUGCUGUUUGGCUUCCAGGACUCGGUAAACAAGGUCCUGAGAAAUCACCACAUUAAACCCCACUGGAUGUUUGCCAUGGAUAACAUCAUCCGCCGAGCUGUGCAGGCUGCAAUAACCAUCCUAAUACCAGAGCUGCAGACCCACUUUGGCCCGGCAUCAGAGUGUGAGGGAGCAGAGAAGGAAGAUGAGGUCGAUGAGGAGGAAGCAGAGUUUGGACCCAUUUUAGUGCAGCAUGCUGACGAGACGGGGACAACGUCCGAUCCCACACACUCUGCGGUCAGCACUGUGAACUCCUCCCACUCCCAUGAACAUCAACGGUCACAUCAUCAUCUAGGCGCCCAGCUGGGCAGGCUCAAACACGAAACCAACAGGCUGCUGGAUGAGCUGCUACAAAAGGAGAAGGAGUACCAGCAGGUCUUGAAAGCCACCCUGCAGCAGAGAACACAUGAUUUAGAGUUGGUCCGAGUCAGACACAGACCCCCAGACAUUUCACCUCCAUCCAUCCACCACAUCCCAGCAGACCAUGAGCCAGACAAGCAGCUCACCGACUGGCUGAAAGAGCAGGGCGCAGACCCCGUCACCAUAGACAAGUUUGUGCUUGAGGAAUAUACACUGACGGACAUUCUUCGUGACGUUACCAAAGAGGACCUCCGGUGCCUACAUCUACGGGGCGGAGUCCUCUGCCGGAUCUGGCGAGCCAUCCAGCGGCACAGAGAGCGAGACAGGCUGGCGAACGACAAGCGCUCAGAAAACAAUGCAUGAUGGAGUCGAAUUCUGUUGUGGGAAAAAACACGCACAUGUUCACACAUUACCAUGAUCUCUCCUUUUCUCUGCCUCUACAGUGCCUUUUUUUAAUGUUGUUUUUGUGUUGUAUGGACAGGACUCACUGAAUCCAUGUAGAGUCCGACUUGACCAGACCAAAGUGCUUUAGUGCAGGCACUACUGUGUGUACAUUUGUCUUUGUGCUUGAUAUUUAUGAAACAUGCUCCCCUAAUGUUUCUUCAGAGCAUUGAUUCUCAAGAUUUUUUUUAAAUGUUCACCUUCAGGAGUGCCACCAUUUUUGUAUUUAAACAAGCACUACAGCCCUGAACGUUUUAGGGACUUUUCAGAAGUCACAUGUGACCUCUUUAACUUGACUGCUCCUUAGUACAAGCAUGUCAGGUGGCGUCAACGGGUGUCAUGUUUACUGCAUUCACCUUCAGCCAAGCUCCAAAUAUGCAAAUGUUUCUGGAGUUUGUUUCUGAAAUUGUGCAAAAUACAAGAAUGACAAUAGCUUUAAUUUCACAUUGUGUCUUUGGCCAUCCUAAUGUCAAGGCUCUGUUUCUUCCAGAAGGACAUGGCUUGAGAACCACUGCUUUAGGAUAUGAAAAUCUGCUGUAUAUUGGUACAGUCAGCUGUGCUGUCUAUGACGAAAAGAGUCCGCAGCAUUAAAUGAAUUUAUGUAUCUGCUGUUUUGCACUCUGCAUCUUUUAGACUUGCAUUCUUCUAAGCAAACUGUCCUGCUUACCUUAAAAUGUUGUGAGUCUCUGAAUAUACAUUUCAGCCUAAAGCCUUAAAUUAAACAUAAUGUAGCAUGCACACAUAUCACUGCUGCUGAUCACUGCCUUUAGAUUUGUAUGCAUGUUAUUUAUUAGUCGUAACUACUCUCUUCUAUUCUCUAUCUGUGUUUAAUUCAUUUUUUAUUCCAACUGUCAUAUUAUAUGUUCUUUACAAUUCCAAUAAACCUGGAAAAAGCAAAAUUGUUGGCUGAUUUGCUUCAGCAUCACCUCUUGGUUUUCAGGUAUUUGUGUGAGGAAGAAAUGAGUCAGGUCAUUUUCCGCCAAGUCAUUAAUGUUUGAAUUGUCUGGCCGUUUCAUUUUAAAUGUUUUAAAAGAGUGUUUAGGCCCACGAGGGAAAACUACACCACUAUGCAGGCAGUUUACACAAGACUCUUCUUUGGCAGUGUGCAUGUUUCUGCUUACUCUGCAUGCCUUUCAUCUUUUCACCUGCCUGAAACCUGUUUACCGGCCCACAGAUGACCUUUUACCUACUUUGAUUUGUUUGAAACUAUUUUUUUGGGAUUGUGUCACCUUACUCGCUGCAUACUGUAAACCUAUCUUUUAAUGUACAUUCUCUAAGUAAAUUCUGAUCUGUUUAGUUAAAUAUAAACCAAGGGUUGCCUGCUUUCCUAAUCUA